AAAUGGACUGUCUAUUUAUCGAGAGCUACGGGUGUUGACUGAGCUGCAGGUCAUUGUCACAUCACUUUAAUAUAGCUUUCACUUGAAGGUUUUAUUUGUCUAUGCUUUAAAAAAUAAUAUAGAGAUACAGUAUUUUUUAUCAUGAUAUCUUAUUUUUGUAUCAUGUUAUUGUAUCUUGGUUUAUUUAUAUUGUUAUAUAUUAUUAUUAUAAUAUAAAUAUAUUAUUUAUAUUUAUCUUUGCUACCUUAUUACUUUUUCCUUUUUAUCUUAUUUUCAAAUGUUUAUUUUUUUAUAUUAGAAUGGUUAAAUUUUAACAUCAACUUGUUAUCUUACUUGGUUAUCUUAUUAUUAUUUAUGUUAUCUUUUUAUGUUAACUUGGUUAUCGUAUUAUUUUACCUAGGUUAUCUUAUUAUUUUGUUGGUUUUCUUAAAAUUUGUAUCUUUUUUAUCGUAUAAUUUUUUUUCUUGGUUAUCAUAUAACUUUAAUUUGUUAUCUCAUUAUUUUAUCUUUGUAAACCUUACAAUUAUAUCCAGUUAUCUGUUUUUUAUCUUGGUUAUCUUAUUAUUUUUUCUUGCUUAUCUCAUUAUUUGUUCCUUGUUAUCUUACUUGGUUAUCUUAUAAUAUUUUUUAUCUUAUUAUUUUCGUCUUAGUUAUCUUAUUAUUUGACAACUGUCUCGCUGUUUGUAUAUUAUGUUUUAAUCCAAUUUUUUUUUUGUCAAAUUCAAAUUAAGCUACUUUAAUUGGGUGUCAUGCAGAAUAAUUCUUAAAUUUGAGUGUGAUGACCUGGCGAAUCCGCUCCCCCCCCCCCUCAACCUCCCCUUUUUUCUUCCUUAUUCCAGCAGAGACUUUUUCCAAUUUAUUGAAUUGUUUUUUUUAAGUCUUAAUUUUGAACUCUAGCCAUGCUAAUAGUUUUGUAUAUAUUCUAACAUUUUCAGAAAUUCACAGGCAUCUCUUGUAUUGCCAUGGAUUACGAUGUAAUCUCUGAAUUACUGAUAAAAACUUGGGUCACGGGAUGUCAAAACCUCUCGUUCAUUUAUCUUUAUGCGGAUGAAUAUGUGCAUCGCAGUACGUUUGAGUGUUUGUUGGUUAUUAAUAAUGUUAAGUUUCUAAUUUUCUUGUCCCUUGAUGCGUCAUUGAGAUUGUUUUCAUCUAAUACGAUAAUCGGUUAGCCGCACAUUGUUUCGUUUGUCAUAAUGUAGGCCAUAUGGAUCGGAUUUGGAUUUUAUCUGCUCAUUUAGAAUCAGAUGCUGCUAAAUGAGUGAAUGUCUAAGAUAUGCCAUUUUUUUAAAUUGUCUAAUAUCACGAUAACGAUUGAAAUGUUACUAUUGUGUCCGCUGAGAUAUGCGCCGCGAGGCACCGUCUUACUGUGUAGAGAAAUUACGGUGUAAAUUAGUUAUUGGUGACGUAAUAUUGCAACUGUAACCUGCACAAAAAAAACAAAAAAACAAGUGUAUAUUUCAUCAAUUUACACACCACUAACAUGGUUCUGUUAUGCGCCCCACUUAAUCAGCACAGGUUAUAACUUGUGAGACGUGGGAGUCACUGGUCAACAGCCAUCCAAAAUUGUUAGUUGAGUUCCGAGCCUUUAGUUUCCAAGACUCUAAGGAAAUGCCAUAUAUGUUGUCACCGGAGAUUCCCCUUUUCAAGUUAUCCUGGGACAGAUAUAAAGAAG